GCCUCCCUCCCACUCCGGCUGUGUUUUUGCUGAAGAAGUUUCGAGUGGGAAGGACGCCAGAGUUGUUGAGGGCUGUCGCUUGUUCAGAGACGGCAGCCUGAGAAAUCUGCGAAGCUACCAAUGGAAAGCCAAGAGCACAUAGUAGCAAUCUAUCACUAUGACAUUGACAAUGAAAGAGAGGAAGUGGAGGAGGUGAUAGAAGUAGAAGAUAAUGAACUGGACUAUUCGGCAAGCUCAACCCAUACAGAAAAAAGUCUAGAAUAUGAUAUUCCCAGGAUGCCAUGGGUUCCUACAAGAAAGGAUGAAGAUCCAGGAACUGAAGUAAUGAAUAAGAUGGAGAAAAUUGGAGAUAACCUUAGCAGUGAUGUUACUGAAAAGAAAAAAAGAAUGGAGGCAUACAUUAAAGGUGUUGCCCAAGACUGUAAGAAGAAUAUCAAACAACAUUUGAAAUUUCAUGAAGAUGAAAUGCGAGAGUUUAGAAUUGAUUAUACUGUGCAGAUUAUAACUCUGUUCAAGCAAUGGGAUUUCGAUAUAAAGCAACUUGGAGACCAAGAAGAUAAACUAACGGCUAGUUUCCAUCAGCAACAGAAGACUUUUAAAAAAACUAGAAUGCUUCAGAACUACAACCUGAAAGGACUUAAGCAGGAAAAUGAAGUGUUCUUAGAGGAGUUGCAGUACUUGGAGGACGGCAGUCUAGUUACUAACAUCCGCAGUGAAAUGAAAAAGCAAAUGUCUCUGUUGCAAAAAAAAAUUACAGGGACUUCAUUGUAACAACAGGGAAUAGUAGAAGUCCCAACAUACUUAGUUUUUCUUGAAUAUAAUACUUCACAAAUGUUAUUCUGAUGAGUCUUGAGAAAAAACUUGAACCUGAGAAAUGUAAUUUGUUUUAGCUAAGAAACAUGUCUUUCACAUUUGACUCUUUGGUUUUAUCAUUAGCUUUUUUGAAGUGCAGCACCUCUAUUCCUGUUGAUUUUCAAAUAAAAUCUAAAUAGUUAUGUGA